ACCGGAAGCAGCAGCAGUAGAAUCAGCUGAUGAGCGGAAACCAGCUUUGUUGUGAACGUCAGGUAGGUCCUGGUCCUGGUCCUACCCCUGGUUCAGUUCUCUGACCCUGCUGGACCCCCUGUGCGUGCAGACAUGGAGGUGACGGAGGAGGGGCGUCGCCAGGUGGAGCAGCAGGUGGAGCAGCUGCUGGCGGGUCAGGGGUCAGAGGUCAGCGGCUGUGACGUGGGUCUGGAUCAGAGCAAACCUGCGACUCUGAGGAAGAACGUGACCUACAUCGUCUGUGGGGUCAUCUUCAACGACCAGGAGGAGGUGCUGAUGGUGCAGGAGGCGAAGCAGGACUGUUACAAACUGUGGUACCUUCCUGCAGGGAGGGUGGAGGUGGGGGAGAGUCUGGAGGAGGCACUGAGGAGGGAGGUGAAGGAGGAGGCGGGGUUUGAUUGUGAGCCAAUCACGUUGCUGCUGAUCCAGGAGCAGGGACCUCAGUGGAUCCGCUUCAUCUUCCUCGCCAGAGUCACAGGUGGAAACAUUAAGAGCGUGUCCUCAGCGGAUCAGGAGUCUCUGCAGGCGUCCUGGUGGGACAGACAGGCCGUCCUCCCGCUGAGAGGACGAGACAUCCUGCGGCUCAUCGACUGUGGACUCAAGUUCCGUCAGGACGCCUGGCACCCGGUCACGCUGCCGCUGCCGCUGAGCUGCCGCCACGUGCUGCAGAGACUCGUCCUGGUCUUCACCGGCUCCGACCAGCAGGUCUGGAUCCUGCUGCUCAGAGCCCCCGGGCUCCACCUCCCGACAGCGGCGGCGCUGAAGACCCAUGCCGUGACCUGGGCGGCGAACACGGUGGUGCAGGAGGCCGUGCCGUCUGCGUACCACGACCACGACGUCAACACGCUGGGCGUCUUCAGCCUGCAGCACGACGGCCGGCAGCACGGGAAGACGGACGGCGUGUGCUUCAACACGCUGGUGGCGCUGGUGCCCGACCGCGUCCAACGCAACGAGGACGGAGAGAAGGUGGCGUUCGUACCGGCCGCGAAACCUCCGCCUGUAGAAAACCCUCGAUACGUGUGGUUGGAAGUCAGGAACCCAACGCUGAGAGAGAAACUGCUGGAAAAGACCAGGAACACCUCCAUCCUCCCUCUGCACAGCCUGUACUGACCACCAGGGGGCGGCAGGGUCAAGUCUGCCCUCCCCUGUGAUUUAACUAGACUCUUAUUGUGAAACGACCUUACUGUUGGCUUUCAGAAAGCUUUUAUUUUGAAAGAACUUUAUUUAUUGAGUAGUUAAAUUGUAAAGAAAUGGAAAGUUCAGGUUAAAGGAUCAAUCGUUAGAAAGUGAAUAUAAAAUAAUCCUUGUGUGUUUCAUCUAAAUUAUAUGAAUUGUUGUUUUUCUCCCUAGAACGAGCCCUUUAUAUUUAAAUACUUUAUAUUUAAAUACUUUAUAUUUAAACACUUUAUAUUCCAGUUCAGCUGCAACAUGACACUUCACCACUAGAUGUCACUGCAUUCUACAAACUGAACCUUUAAGUGUGAACGAGCAGUAAAAUA